AUGACAACCGAAAGUCGUAUAUCUACUCGUUUCCUUGAUGCUGACAAAGAGCCCCUGCGAGCCUUGACACCAAUUGAAGGCUAUGAAAAGAAGCCACUGGUGUCACUUGAAGACGCUGUUCGACCAUUGAGACACCUGCUUCAUAAUCUGGAUAAUAUGGUAUCCACUGCUAAAUGGAACACACGCGAGCCACAAGAUAAUCUUACUCCUGAUGAAUCGGCCGCUAUUCAUCUGUAUACGAUGCAAUGGCAAAAGCCCCAUUCUAGUCUCUAUAUACUUCUUAACCAAACACUCCGUUCUGAACAACGAAUUGACCUCAUACCGUGGUUUCUUUAUCUUAAACUUCUUCUCACUGCUUUAUACAAACUUCCAUCAAUCAAAGAUGUGAUAUGGCGUGGUAUUCGUGGAGAUGUUAUACCAUUACGUUCUACUAACAUUGAUACUCAUGCGAGAUGGAUACAGAACGGUCUAACUGUAGCUGGAGAUAAUCAACAAGGUAAUAGUUUUAACCAGCUCAAUCGUCCAUGCGGUUUAUUUGUUGAUUAUAAUCAAAGUGUUUAUAUUGUUGACCGCUAUAAUCAUCGUAUUAUGGAGUGGAAAUAUGGUGAGACGAGUGGUCGAGUUGUUGCUGGAGGAAACGGACGUGGAAACGAAAAUAAUCAGUUAAGUCUUCCUACAGAUAUAAUCAUCGACACAAACACUGAUAGUCUUAUCAUCUGUGAUGCAGAAAAUCGGCGAGUAGUACGAUGGCCUUGUCGAGGUGGAACAAAUGGAGAAACAAUCAUCUCGAAUGUAGACUGUUUCGGCUUGACAAUGGACGACAAUGGAUUUCUUUAUAUUUCUGAUGAUAUGAAGAAUGAGAUUAGACGUUGGCGAACAGGAGACACUCAUGGAGAACUAGUAGCGGGUGGUAAUGGGAAAGGGAAUGAUUUCAAUCAGUUCAAUCGUCCAACAUACAUAUUCAUCGACAAGGAUCAUUCACUGUAUGUGUCAGAUCAUAUCAAUCGCCGUGUUAUGAAAUGGAUGAAAGGUGCAACCGAAGGUAUUGAAGUUGUCGGUGGUUGUAGUCUUGAAAAUGAUCCUUCACAAUUGUCACGUCCUCGAGGAAUAGUUGUCGAUCAAUUAGGUACUAUCUACGUGGCUGACUUCGAGAAUCAUCGAAUUAUGUGUUGGCUGAAAGGAGUCAAGCAAGGAAAUAUCCUUGUUGGUGGAAACGGUAAAGGAAGAGAAUCAAAUCAAUUCGAUGGUCCUAAUGGUUUAUCAUUCGAUCGACAGGGCAAUCUCUAUGUCGUUGAUUGUGACAAUAAUCGAGUACAAAGAUUCAAUAUCGAUUUAGGUUUUUUACCUUAG